GUUGUAAACACUGGGCCGGGCCAGUACUUCACUGGAGAGGACUGUAGGGCUCUCGGCGUCUCCGGAGAAGAGGGCACUACAUGCACUUCAGAAUCAAGAGUUGUGAGAGGAUGCUGGGGCUCCGGGGGCACAGGCCCCCCUGGGCUUGGGUUCUGCUCCUGGUGCCGUGUCUCCUGCCGCUUCUGCUGUCCGCAGCUCCCGCGCCCCACCGCGCUUCCUACAAGCCGGUCAUCGUGGUCCACGGGCUCUUUGACAGCUCAUCCACUUUCCGCCACCUGCUGGAAUUCAUCAACGAGACACAUCCCGGGACUGUGGUGACAGUGAUUGAUCUCUUCGAUGGCAGACAGAGCUUGCGGCCCCUGUGGGAACAGGUGCAAGGGUUCCGGGAGGCGGUGGACCCCAUCAUGGCAAAGGCCCCUCAAGGGGUGAACCUCAUCUGCUACUCCCAGGGAGGCCUUGUGUGCCGCGCACUGCUCUCUGUCAUGGAUGAGCACAACGUGGACACUUUCAUCUCCCUCUCAUCUCCACAGAUGGGGCAAUAUGGAGAUACAGACUAUUUGAAGUGGUUGUUCCCCACAUCCAUGCGGUCCAACCUCUACCGGAUCUGCUAUAGCCCCUGGGGCCAGGAAUUCUCCAUCUGCAACUAUUGGCAUGACCCCCAUCAUGAUGAUUUGUACCUCAAUGCCAGCAGCUUCCUGGCCCUGAUCAAUGGGGAAAGAGACCAUCCCAAUGCCACUGCAUGGCGGAAGAACUUUCUUCGUCUGGGCCGCUUGGUGCUGAUAGGAGGCCCUGAUGAUGGUGUUAUUACUCCCUGGCAGUCCAGUUUCUUUGGUUUCUAUGAUGCCAAUGAGACAGUCUUGGAGAUGGAAGAGCAACCGGUAUAUCUGCGAGAUUCUUUUGGGUUGAAGACUCUCUUGGCUCGAGGGGCCAUAGUGAGAUGUCCGAUGGCUGGGAUCUCCCACACAGUCUGGCAUUCCAACCGUACUCUUUAUGAUACUUGCAUUGAACCUUGGCUGUCCUGAGAACGUUCUCAGGUGGUCAGGAAGCCCUCAGCCCAGAGACCAAGUGGUGGCCUUGGAAAGCAGAUGUCAGCCUCUGGCAUGCCUAUGACCACCUCAUUGCUCCCACACUGCCCCCUACCAACCAGGGCUCUCAAAAUCCCCAUCCUCUGCUCCUUCAUGAAUGACAAGUCCUGGUCCCCCUACCUCAUGUCCUUUUGUUUGGGGGACAUGGUUUCCUUUUCUCCCAAGGCCAAGGAGGCAAGUGAGAGCCAAGUUUUUAAACAACUUGUGGUUGUUCCUCUUCCUGCUGCUGCCGCUGCUGCUGCCGCUGCUGCUGCUGCUCCUCCACCUUCUCCUCCUCUGGCUGUACAGGAGAACCAGCCCCUGCCCACCACAGGGGUGUCCCUCCAGGCCACUCAGGACAUUUUUAGCUUCUGUCUCCCAUGUUCCCUUUUCCUCUGACCUUCCCCUCUGUCGUCAGCCCUCCUCAUCCUCCAAGGACACCCAUGAGAGUGGGGUUCUGUGGCUCCCCUAUGGGGAUAGUUCCGUUCUUGAAGUGUCAGUGUUGGGGAAUAUCUGUGGCCUGCAAGGCCCAUCUCAGGUUUGGGGAUCCCCCAGUCCCUAUGAUCAGUGUUGGGGUAUGCCCUGGGAGCCUAGUUUCUUUGAGGCCCCAGCCCCUCUUUUAACUACCCUUGAAUGGGUGUUCCUUGUAUUUAUGGAAAUAAAGUUCAAUUUCCUCAG